AUAGCUUCCGCUUUUAUCAAAAUAAACAAUAACACGUGCUACAUUUUGGCUGUAGAAAAAUGAGUUUUAAAGGCAAACAGUCUCGAUUUAAAACGUUGACCGAAGAUACUUUAAAUUACUACAAACGUAUUAAAGAAGUUUUACAGGAUGACAAUUCAAUUGAUGUCCAAGUUAUUGAUAACAUCUUCAGUCAGCUAACCCAAGAAGCUGUUGCAGUCUGCAAACACCCAGAAACCAGUGCUAUAAUUGAACUGCUGAUCAAUCAUGCAUCAUGCGCAAAUGUUGCAUCACUCCUGCAGAUUUUUGCAACUGAUUGGGAUGCGGUGUGCAAUGAUUCUUCUGCAAGUCAUGUGGUACAAAAAUGUGUACUGGUCUCACCCAAACUGUUUGCUGAACAGGUUUCGCAGUUUGACAUUGAUAACUGCAGUGAAGAUUCAUCUGAGGACCAACUCAUUCUAAAGAUUUUAAGUCUUUGUGAGCACAUAUUGAACAAUUUGGAGAAGUGUUUAACGCACACUCACAUGUCACAUAUAGUCAGGUCUAUGCUUCAAAUCCUUGGUGGGACAUUUGUUGAUGAAAAGAUUUUGAAAAGUAAAGGAUCAAGAAAUUACUCAAAAAAGAAUGAACCAGACAGGAAACAGAAGGAUAUUCACUUCCAAGACUUUGAUGUGCCAGCAGCAUUUCGGAAGCAGUUGAAAUUUGUGUACAAAACUAUUUUUAGACUGGACAAUUUUGGUGUUUACAUCACAGAAAGCAACGCUAAUCCCAUCCUGCAGACUCUACUCUUGGUGCUCAAUAAAGCCAACACUGAACUUUGUCAAAAGGCAAUUAAUAAGGUCAUCAAAAGGUCAAGGAUCAAGGACGAUGUGGAACAGGUCAAUUUGCCGCCAGUUGCUGCUGACAGUAUAGGGUCGUUCCUGGUGGAGCAGAUAAUCGGUCUGUGUUCUGAGGAGCUCUUCAGGAAGCUGUUUGAGAGGCUGUUUCACAACAGGUUACUGCAGUUUGCUACCCACGCAUCUGCAAACUAUGUGCUGCAGACAUUCAUCAGAAAGUGCAGGGAUAAAGACAUAUUCAAAUCAGUUGUUGAUGAGCUGAACAACUGUAUUUCUGCUGUGUUAGACGCUCGUAACUAUGGUGUCCUGGUUGCCGUGGUGGAAACUGCAGAGAAACUCACAUGUAAACAGGACAGCAUCCUGCAGAUGCUGAUGACAGGCCUUCAGUGCUGGGAGCCAGAGGAACGAAGAACUUCUUGUGUAGCCUUGCUGGCAGCAUUCACGACACACGACAACUUCAAUAGUGGUAGCCAUGAUGAGACUUCAGCACGUCCUGCAAUCAGGAAGGUGAACUAUCAUGGCUCCCUGCUCCUUCAACACCUCGUGAAUUUCCGCAAGGUAAAGAUGCUGGAGACCGGAUUUCUUGACUUGCAACCGGGCGAGGUGUCGAUGCUCGCGUGUGACCCAUGUGGCAGUCACGUGAUGGAGGCAGCGCUUAGGAGUGCCGCUAUAAGGGAGAAAACCAAGGAGGGACUGGUCUCGAAAAUGGCUGGCAGCUGGGUUCAACUUGCCUGUCACAAAAAUGGCAGCCGUACUCUAGAGUCUAUCUGGAAGAAUGUUCCCCUGAAGCUUCGAGAAGUCAUCGCUACGGAGUUAGCGGAAAAACAGGACAGGUUAAAGUCCGACAUGUUCGGACGUCACAUUGUACGGAACUUUGCCCUGCAGCAUUUUAAAACGCGCAAAAACGAUUGGACGAUGUUACAGAAGGGAGAUAAAAAGAAGCGAGAAAUGUUCAGAGAUGUUAUAGGAUCUGAAACAGAUGUAAAACAGCCAAAACAGAAGAAAAGGAAAGUGAAGAAAGACCAAUAGCUCGUUAAUAAAGGGAUGUUAAUCUUAACUUACGCCUCAAUAUCUUUUUUUUUUAAAGUUGAAUCCAUACAAGUAGUCAGCUACAUGUACCUUAUGAUUAUUAUUUCUUGUUAAAUGUUCAUUUGACUGUGUAUUCAACAAUUAUAUUGAACCAAACUGAAAUUGAAAGUUGCUGGUAAGCUUGAUGAAGAUCUAUUGUUAAAGGUUUUGCAUGAAAUAAAGUAAAUAUUUUAUCUAAAUGUAUUUGAUGAAGAAAACAGCAGCAUUUACUGUAAAGUUGUCUUUAAACAUAAGUAUAUUAUUUUGCUGUUCACAUAAAAUGAGGUAUAUUGUCAAAUGAUACGAUUAUUGACUUUGUAGCAGUUGAAACGCUGGAAUUCCACAGAAUGGGCUUAUUACUAACAAUUGCAACUACCCCACCAUUUUUCCUUGACAUUGCAGGCCAUAACAUGCAGCAAGUUGUUACAAAAGUGUGUGACCCUGUUUUGACCCCUAAGGGUAUGAUAUGACUACAUGUUUAUAUAAGAGCACAAUACUAGUGUUACAUACAAAAUAUUAAACCA